AUGAUACCGAUUACCAUCAUCACGGGGUUUCUGGGCUCGGGAAAGACGACCCUCAUCUUAAACCUUAUCCCCCAGCUGCCCCCGUCGUACAAGCUCGCGCUCCUCAAGAAUGAGUAUGGCGAUGUCAAGGUAGACACUGCACUCGCGUCAUCUGCAGCCAUUUCUGGCGUGCAAGAGCUGCUUAACGGCUGUAUAUGCUGCAACCUCGUAGGCCAAUUGUCCGAUGCGCUCGAAACGCUCGCCCGCGAUGUAGAACCCGAUCGCAUUGUAAUCGAGACUUCAGGGUCUGCCUUCCCGGCCACGCUAGUCAUGGAGGUCAACCGGCUGAGCCGCGAGACGGGCAAAUAUGUGCUCGACGGCGUAAUGAGUGUCAUUGAUGUAGAGAAUUGGAAGGGAUACGAAGACACGAGUAUUACGGCGAAAAUGCAGGCGCGGUACACCGAUCUCAUCGUGCUGAACAAGCACGAGCUGGUUAGCGAGAGACGGUUGGAAGAUGUGGAAGACGCCAUUCUGGCGCUCGAGGUGGAGCCACAGAUUCCUAGGACUAAGAGUCGCAAGGGCUGGGUGGACAAGGAUAUCGUCUUUGGCUUGGAUGCGCGGCUUGCAGGCGUUACGGAGGAAACAAAGGAUGGAGCGCAUACGCAUGAGCACGACCACGGGCAUUCGAGUGAGGUAGAGGUUCUGACUGUGACGCUCAAGAGCGAGGACAGGGCAGGGAGCGUGGAUACGUCAAAGUUGGCAAAGUUCCUGCAAGAUCCGACAAAGGACGAAGUAUACCGGAUAAAGGGUAUUCUUUAUGCUUCUACACCACCCAAGUCUUCCGACACUACACCCGCAUCCACUCAGCAAAUACCAGAAGGAAGAGCGAGAUAUAUUCUGAACUGGGCGUUUGGCCGUUGGACAUUUACACCUGUAGCCUUGCCAGCAGGCGAGCAAUCGAAAGAGGAGCCGGUGCUUAGGCUUACUGUGAUUACGGCGAGGUACGAGUCUACAAAGUGGAAGAAGGAGAUUGAGUCAAGCGGGCUUGUGGCGCUGGAAGGCGAGGCGCCAGGGGCAUUGACAGUGGAGAAGAUAGCAUAG